AAACUUAAACCACCAAAAUCAGCCGCUCAAUUUGUUCUCUCGUGGCCCAACUCCUGGGCUCCACGUUCUUCUCCUCCCGCCCUCUACUCCCUCUCCGCCUCCGACCUCGCGGCGUUUUUCCUUUCACCCUAGCUCAGCCUCCAUCCUUUACAAUCCAUCUCAAUAUUCUUCUUCUUCCUCCUCCUCUAUUGAACCUCAUCAGUUCAAUCUUCCUUAAACCUAUAAUUUGCAAUUUUAGUUCUUCAAUGCAUUUGACAAGAUUUAAAAUCAGUAAGACAACUCCUGUAUUGUUUCCCUUCUCUCGUCGGCUGGUCUGUGUGUCUUCCACCCAACCGCAUAAAGAACACCAUCAGGAUCCGCCCUGGCAGUCCCAGGAUCAGUUGCAUCUUUGGGUAUCUUCUGUUCUUUCUCAUUCAUCUCUCGACUCUUCUAAAUGUAGUGCUCUCUUACCCCAUUUGUCUCCUUCUCAAUUUGAUCAGCUCUUCUUCUCCAUUGGAUUGAAAGCCAACCCCAUGACUUGUCUUAAUUUUUUUUACUUUGCGUCUAAUUCUUUCAAAUUUCGAUUUACCAUCCAUUCUUAUUGUACAUUGAUUCUUUUGCUUAUUCGUUCUAAGUUUAUACCCCCCGCAAGACUGCUUCUGAUUCGUUUGAUAGACGGGAAUCUCCCGGUGUUGAAUUUGGAUUCAGAAAAGUUUCACAUUGAGAUAGCUAAUGCAUUGUUUGGUUUAACUUCAGUUGUUGGGCGGUUUGAAUGGACACAGGCAUUUGAUUUAUUGAUACAUGUAUACAGCACACAAUUCAGAAAUCUUGGCUUUAGUUGCGCUGUGGAUGUGUUUUAUUUGCUUGCUCGUAAGGGUACCUUUCCAUCGUUAAAGACUUGUAAUUUUUUAUUGAGCUCGUUGGUAAAGGCUAAUGAAUUUGAGAAGUGUUGUGAAGUAUUUCGAGUGAUGUCCGAAGGAGCUUGUCCAGAUGUUUUCUCAUUUACGAACGUGAUAAAUGCUUUGUGCAAGGGAGGGAAGAUGGAAAAUGCCAUUGAGUUAUUCAUGAAAAUGGAGAAGUUGGGGAUUUCUCCCAAUGUUGUUACUUAUAAUUGUAUUAUUAAUGGUUUAUGCCAGAAUGGGAGAUUAGACAAUGCCUUUGAGCUCAAAGAGAAGAUGACAGUGAAAGGGGUACAGCCAAAUCUUAAAACUUAUGGUGCGCUUAUUAAUGGUUUGAUAAAACUAAACUUUUUUGACAAAGUGAAUCAUGUUUUAGAUGAAAUGAUUGGUUCGGGUUUUAAUCCAAAUGUAGUUGUCUUCAAUAAUUUAAUUGAUGGAUACUGCAAAAUGGGAAAUAUCGAAGGAGCACUUAAGAUCAAAGAUGUGAUGAUAUCCAAAAAUAUAACUCCUACUUCAGUUACUUUAUAUAGUCUCAUGCAAGGAUUUUGCAAAAGUGAUCAAAUUGAGCAUGCAGAGAAUGCCCUUGAGGAGAUAUUAUCAAGUGGGCUAUCUAUACACCCGGAUAAUUGUUAUUCGGUUGUCCACUGGCUAUGUAAAAAGUUCAGGUACCAUUCUGCAUUCCGAUUUACUAAGAUGAUGUUAUCUAGGAACUUCAGGCCUAGUGAUCUACUCUUAACCAUGUUGGUAUGUGGAUUGUGCAAGGAUGGUAAACAUUUAGAAGCAACUGAACUUUGGUUUAGGUUAUUGGAGAAAGGGUCUCCAGCAAGUAAGGUGACCUCCAAUGCUCUAAUACAUGGACUUUGUGGGGCUGGUAAAUUGCCAGAGGCUUCUAGAAUUGUCAAAGAGAUGUUAGAGAGGGGUCUUCCAAUGGAUCGGAUCACAUACAAUGCACUCAUCUUAGGUUUUUGCAAUGAGGGAAAAGUUGAGGGAUGCUUUAGACUUAGAGAAGAGAUGACCAAACGAGGAAUUCAGCCAGAUAUCUAUACUUACAAUUUUCUAUUGCGUGGACUGUGCAAUGUAGGAAAAUUGGAUGAUGCUAUUAAACUUUGGGAUGAAUUCAAAGCUAGUGGGCUGAUUUCUAACAUUCACACUUACGGGAUAAUGAUGGAAGGUUAUUGUAAAGCUAACAGAAUCGAAGAUGUUGAAAAUUUAUUUAAUGAAUUGCUCUCUAAGAAAAUGGAGCUGAAUUCCAUUGUCUACAAUAUAAUUAUCAAAGCACAUUGCCAGAAUGGAAAUGUAGCUGCAGCUUUGCAACUUCUUGAAAAUAUGAAAAGCAAGGGAAUUUUACCAAAUUGUGCCACGUAUUCUUCUCUAAUACACGGCGUGUGCAACAUUGGUCUUGUUGAAGAUGCAAAGCAUCUUAUUGAUGAAAUGAGAAAGGAAGGAUUUGUGCCGAAUGUUGUUUGCUAUACUGCAUUAAUUGGCGGUUAUUGUAAGCUGGGGCAAAUGGAUACUGCUGAAUCUACUUGGCUUGAGAUGAUCUCUUUUAACAUACAUCCUAACAAAUUUACCUACACUGUCAUGAUCGACGGCUACUGUAAAUUAGGGAAUAUGGAAAAAGCAAAUAACCUUCUGAUAAAAAUGAAAGAAAGUGGAAUCGUCCCAGAUGUUGUUACUUACAAUGUCUUGACUAAUGGAUUUUGUAAGGCAAAUGACAUGGACAAUGCUUUUAAAGUAUGUGAUCAAAUGGCCACCGAAGGAUUACCUGUAGAUGAAAUUACUUACACUACACUCGUACAUGGUUGGAAUCCACCUACAAUCACUGGCCAAGACUGAUCGAAUUUCUGCAGAGCGACCAGAUCCGUCAAUAUUGUUUCUUUGUGCAUUGAGGCUAUUCUCCUUCUCUUGUUCCAGACUUCAAAUGAAAGAGCCAAAAAGGAAGAGUCGUCCUUAGUCUCUGGAGAUCAGGGAAGCAGAAGUGCUUAGCUCUUAUUGAUAUAAAAUGAUGAGAAUUUGAACGUAGGAUGUUCUAUCAAAGAUCCUCAGAGAAGAAAGAUGGCAAUUGAUUUGAUAAUUAGAAUGACAUUGGUUCUCCGACUCAAAGCCAAGGAUGAAAGCUGACAAACAUAUUAGGUUGGUGUUGAUGCAGAUUUUGCAGGCUUGGAUCUGCAUGUAGCCGUUCUCAGGGUGCAAUGUUGUAUUUGUGAGUUGUUUACUGGCAUAUUGGAAUUGGAGCAUAGAAAGCACUUUCACUUCCAUGGAUGGUUAAAUAUUGAGCAAAGGAAUGGCGAACUUUGAAUAUGUAUAUUAACUCUUUGAGACGCAAUAAGGUAAUCUGGAUGGAGCAACAGGCCAAUGUUAAACACCCUUUUAGAUGUUUUCAUCGUUAAACCAGUUGACCUGGGUGUUAACUGCAGCCCCACCGCCAUCGGGAAUGCUGUUAAGGACCUUCUCGUGGCCUUUAGGGUAAUAAAUUCCAGUUCGCCCAUCGAGCACCCAAGGAGUCACUUCACCCCCCACAUGGCUCUGGUUGCUCUUCAGUUCCUUGCUUUCUGUUUCAACUCUCUCCCUCAUCAUAUCUGGUGAAGAGCUUUUCCUGUGGAAGCCCUUUCGCCCAAUCGGUCUGCCAAAGAAUGUAACCGAAUCAGAAUCAGAAAAACAAG